AUGUAUAAAAUUGUUGUUGCAGCUGUGAACGUCAUGCCAAUUCAGAAAAUGUGCUCCAGAAUCAACUCCGAAACUCCUCCACCCACCAAUUUCCUUGCCUCAACUACUGCUCCUUUUGUCAAGAGUGAUGUUAAUCAAAAUAUAUUAGGAGCUUCAAUCAAUUCUGAAUGUCCUGAUGUAAAUUCUUUGAAGCACCAAAUUUCAAAUGUUCUUGUGAAAACAGAAAGUAGAAUUCAAGCAGAAAUGGAAAAAAAAACUUCUCCAAGUAAAGCAGACAAUACUGCUGUGGAACCAUCAGAAAGUGCUCACAUGGUUAACUUGAAUGGAGAAACUCUGUUAAAUGGAGCACAUGUUAUGAAAGGUAAAGCAGAUGACCCUGUAAAUUCAGUUUUGCAAAAAGAAAUGAACAAUAAUAGUGCAACUACAUCUAGAAUGGAAGAAACAGAAAAGGUGGAUCCAAGCAAAUCCACUUCUGAAAAACUAAUCACAAAUGAUAUACUACAAGAAGAGCAGCAAUUGCAACAAAAUUCAAUCGAGGCUGAAGAGAAAUUAAAAAAUGAACAAGAGGAGUACUGGAAAAACACAGAUGAAAUAUCUCACAAGAUGAGAUACCAAAGACUGCAAGUUUUACUAGAAAAAUGUAAUGCAUACACACAGUACUUGCUUCAACGAAUGAAAAGACAGGAAGAGGAAGAAGCAAGAAACAAAAAAUUGAUGACCCAAAUCAAAGCUAGGCAAGAUCGUAGAAGAGAAGAGAAAUUAAAAUGGAACAAGCAGCCUUGUGAAACAGUUAAAGCUGAAAAUGAAGACCAGUCAAGUGCCUGUUUUAUACAAUCUAAAAAGAAACGACCCUUACCUGAUACUACUGAGAGUCCUGAUUGUAAGAAAAGUAAACUCUCUGAUGCUGAAAAAGAGUGCAAUAGAAGUGAGGCUGAAAAAACAGUGAAUGAAGAUGUUGAUCAGGCUAAAGAAUUUUCUGAAGAUAUUGAGGAUCUAUCUUUAGAUGAAGGUACCAAUGCAUUAUACAACCGAAAAAUUAAUGGUGAAUCAGUUCCAAUGUCUCAACCAUUACUCUUUGUUGGAGGUGUGUUACGGCCAUAUCAGAUAGAUGGCUACAAUUGGUUGAAGAUGCUUUAUGAAAAUGGUGUGAAUGGAAUUUUAGCUGAUGAAAUGGGUCUUGGUAAAACUGUUCAGUGUAUUGCUUUAGUGAGUCAUCUUGCUUCAAUGGGUGUCAAAGGCCCCUUUUUAAUUUGUGCCCCUCUUUCUACUAUUCCAAAUUGGGUUGCAGAGUUUGAACGUUUUACACCACAGCUUCCUGUCAUUCUGUACCAUGGAGAUAGAAAUACUCGUUCCACUCUCAGAAAAAAGAUGCUUAAACUCAAGAAAUUAGGUGACAAUGUAUUUGUAUUACCUGUUAUCAUAACAUCAUAUGAGAUUAUCAUGAAUGACCGUAAAUUACUAUCUCAUAUCAAAUGGAAAUACCUUAUUGUCGAUGAAGGUCAGAGAAUAAAAAACACCCACUGUCGUCUUAUUAGGGAACUGCGUUUAUACAACACUACACAUCGGCUUCUACUCACUGGGACACCACUGCAGAACAGUUUAUCUGAAUUAUGGUCACUUUUAAAUUUCCUCUUACCUGAAUUAUUUGAUGAUUUACGAAGUUUUGAAUCUUGGUUUGAUAUCGAGAGAAUCAGUCAACAAGAUGCAAAUGAAGAAAUUAUGGCAACUGAACAAAAGGAUCACAUUCUUUCCAUGCUUCAUCAGAUUUUAACACCUUUCAUGCUUCGCCGUCUCAAGUCAGAUGUAGAAUUGGUGAUUCCACCUAAAAAAGAAAUUAUAGUUUUCUGCCCACUUACUAAACUGCAACAAACCUUCUAUAAAGCUACUUUAAAUAACACUAUUGAAAACUUACUUGACAAAAAGAUGGAAGUAAAAGUGGAACUAGAUGUGAAAGGGCGUCCUGUACGCCAGUCCAAAAAACAUAUCAGCUACAAACACAUAUUUGAAGGAUCUACAACAGAGAAAAAAACAUGGUCUGACCGAGAUGAGAAGCAAUUAAUGAACUGGAUAAAUAAUGUAAUUGAAUCGAAUACAAAGCGUGACCAAGAAAGAGCUUCCAAGUCAUCUCCAGCUCCAAACUCCCGAGUAAAUCUUAAGAUGAACAACAUAAUGAUGAUGUUGAGGAAGAUCUGCAACCAUCCUUACUUGAUUGAACAUCCAUUAGACCCAAAAACCGGAGAGCUGGUGCUUAAUAAUGAUUUAAUCAAGCAUAGUGGGAAAAUGGGAAUGUUAGAUCGAAUGCUACCAGAAUUGAGAAAAAAUGGUCAUAAGGUGUUGAUAUUUUCUCAGUUUGUUCAAGUGCUAAAUAUCCUUGAAGAUUAUUGCUACCUCAAAAACUUUGAAUACUCUCGAUUGGAUGGCAGUUACGGAUUUGAACAGAGACAAGAACAAAUUGAUGCAUUUAACACUGACAAGAACACAUUCCUGUUCCUAUUGAGUACAAGAGCUGGAGGUCUUGGAAUAAAUCUUGUUGCUGCUGAUACUGUUAUCAUUUUUGACAGUGAUUGGAAUCCACAAUGUGAUCUGCAAGCCCAAGACCGUUGUCAUCGCAUUGGACAAGUAAAGCCUGUUGUUGUUUACCGAUUGGUUUCAAGAAAUACUAUUGACCAAAAAAUAGUGGAGAGAGCCACAGCAAAAAGAAAACUAGAAAAGAUGAUUAUACACAAAGGAAAAUUCAAGUGUGGUAUAAAAAAUUUUAGUACCAGUCUGACAUCAAUGAGUCCUCAGGAAUUAAGGGAAUUGCUUCAAUCUUCAGACCAUGAAGAAAUUUAUGAAGGUGGAAAUCGUUCAUCUAUAAUCAGUCAAAGUGACUUAGAAAAAAUGCUUGACCGAACAGAUUUGAUAGACAAGUUGGAAGAAUCUAAAAAAGGUCACAAGAAAAAGGUGUUGAAAAAAAUGUCUUGCAAAGAAAUUGAAGGAGUCUUCCGAGUUAUAGAAACGGAUGAAAACCCCACUAAACUUUCAAAUAUUACAGACUUAAAAGAAGAGGACAGCAAUAGUGAAAGUAGCAAUAAUUGA